AGCGCUGUCCAGUCUCACAGCCCUCUUCAAGCCCGCUCGGCUUGUGAAGGCAAUACCCCUACUACUCGCAGUCAGUGGUGUGACUUCGAUAUCAGUACGGACUACUGGACCGAACCGGUUGACACUGGUGUUACUAAAGAAUACUGGCUUGACCUUAGUGACGUGACGGUCGCUCCUGAUGGUCGAUCUCGGUCUGCUAUGGCCAUCAACGGUAGCAUUCCCGGCCCAACCCUCUUCGCUGACUGGGGUGAUACCGUUGUCGUCCACGUCACUAACUCGCUGACGACUUCUUUAAACGGCUCUUCCAUCCACUGGCAUGGAAUGCGUCAGAACUAUACUAACCAACAUGAUGGAGUUACUGCUAUUACGCAGUGCCCUAUUGCGGUCGGAGACACUCUGACCUAUGUCUGGAAGGCGACGCAGUAUGGUACGAGCUGGUAUCAUUCCCACUUUGGCCUGCAGGCCUAUCAGGGAAUCUUUGGUGGCCUUGUUAUUCACGGUCCUGCUUCCGCUAAUUACGAUGAGGAUUUGGGUGUUGUCUUCCUAAGUGACUGGGAUAAACAGACAGUGGAUGAGUUAUACCCAAGCGCCGAGGUCAACGGACCGCCAACUCUUGAGAACGGGCUUAUCAAUGGUACCAACGUGUAUACCGACGCGGAUGGCAAUGAGUCCGGUAGCCGACUCACCGUUGCUUUUGAAGCUGGGAAGACGUACCGCCUGAGACUUGUUAACUCUGCUAUCGACUCACUCUGGAAAUUUUCCAUCGACAACCACACCCUCACUGUUAUCUCGGCGGAUCUCGUGCCUGUCGAACCUUACACUGCCACCCACGUGAGCGUCGGUAUUGGUCAGCGUGUUGAUGUUAUUGUCACUGCCGACCAGGCCAGUGUCGCUCAAAACUUCUGGAUGCGAUCUAUUCCCCAGUCUGCUUGCUCCACCGUCUCUACUACUCAGAAUGUCCGCGGUAUCGUUCACUAUGGGGAGAGCGCAUCGACCCCGGAGACGACCGGCCACGAUUUCACAGAUGGUUGCGAGGAUGAGACGCCCAACAUGGUCCCUUCCGUCCCCAAGAAUGUCGAGUCCGCAAACUGGAGAGACUUUGAGGACGCGUCGGUUGCGACUAACAGCGCCGGGGUGUUCAAGUGGAUGCUGAAUAGCACUUCUUUCCUAGUUGACUGGGCGGCGCCGACACUGGAGUCUAUCAUGGACGGCGUGACCGAAUACACGACGCAAAACGCCGUCAUCCAAUUCGACCAACUGCAAUGGGUCUACCUCAUCGUCCAGACAAGCCUCCCGGUACCGCACCCCAUCCACUUACAUGGGCACGACUACUUCGUCCUGGCGCAGGGAACCGGCACUUACGACUCCUCUGUUGCACUCAAUACGCAAAACCCACCUAGGCGUGACACCGCUAUGCUCCCGGCUUCAGGAUAUCUAGUUAUGGCCUGGGAGACGGAUAACCCAGGUGCGUGGCUCAUGCAUUGUCACAUCGGAUGGCAUGUGUCUCAGGGAUUCGCGCUGCAGUUCAUUGAGCGGGUCAGCGAGAUUCCUGCCAUUACUGACAAUAGUACCCUUUCGAGCAUAUGCACCGAGUGGGUCGCGCACAGAGACGAUCAUAACAUUGUUCAACACGAUUCUGGUGUUUAA